CUUCCACUUCGCCAGCUCCUCAGCUCGCAACCAGGUGUGUCCUUCUUCUCGCUCCUGCUCCAGACCGUGAGGCCUCCUGCCGCCAUGGCUACUCCUCAGCCCGAGAUGGAGCAGCCCGAGAUGGAGCAGCCCGAGAUGGAACAGCCCAAGAUGGAGCAGCCCGAGAUGGAGCAGCCCAAGAUGGAGCAGCCCGAGAUGGAACAGCCCGAGAUGGAGCAGCCCGAGAUGGAGCAGCCCGAGAUGAUGGAGCAGCCCGAGAUGGAGCAGCCCGAGAUGGAGCCCCGUUACCUGGCCGAGAGCAACGCUGCCAUCAACUCGCAGAUCCAGCUGCAGCUGUAUGCCGCUUACAUCUACCUUUCCAUGGCUUUCUUCUGCAAUCAAGAUGAGGUGGCCCUGGUGAACUUCGCGCUCUACUUCCUUUGUCAGUCCCAGAAGUGGAUGGAGAGCACCGAGAAGCUAUUCCACUUCCUGAUCCAGCGCAAUGGCUCCCUCGUCCUUGGAAGAAUUGCCGAUCAACAACGCCAUGACUGGUGUGAUGGCCUCAUGGCGAUGGAAUGUGCCUUACACCUGGAGAAGACGCUCAACCAGAGCCUCCUGCAGCUGUACCAGCUGGCUAACAGCAAAGGCGAUGCCUGCUUCUGCAGCUUCCUGAAGCGCCACUUUCUCCAACAGCAGGUCGAAAUCAUCAAGGAGAUGGGUGGCUACGUGACCAACCUGCGCCAGUUGGGGGCUCCAGGAAAUCGCCUGGCUGAGCACUUCUUCGACAGGCUCACCCUGGGAGAGAGCACCAAGGAGAACUGAACUGGGACUGUCACUGCUACGGUGGGGUCGUCCUCAGAUCAC